GUUUCGGGACGUGCGUGGUUGAAAACUGAGAACCAGGAUUGACUCAGCUGGUUGUUUGUGGAGGGUACCAUAACCAUAGACGCUUUACUCUUAAAAACGUGACUUUGUCGUUUUUCGUUUGAAGGGGUUUGGUAUAUCCUCCCUUCUUUCUUUUAGAGUGAAGAUGAAGGCAGCAACAUUUCUCAGCAGAAAGGAGUGAAGGAGUGAGACUGAAAGAAGAAAGAAAGAGGCAGAGAUUGGGUAGAGUGUGCGAGGACACUGUCUGCGGGGGAGCUCCAGAAAACAUGUCUGCCUCGGCCAAGCUAGAGAGAAGUGUGUGUGUGCUGCUGCCCAACAAGGAGCAACUGGACGUUACAGUGGGGUUGAAAGCCACGGGACAGGAGGUGUUCAAUCGUGUGUCUGACCUUCUUGGCAUCAAGGAGCUGCACUUCUUUGGCCUCAGUGUGGUGAAGGACAAUGAACACAUAUUUCUUGACCUGGAAGAAAAACUCACCAAGUACUUCCCCAAGGAAUGGAAGCAAGACCCUGGAAAGGGAACCCAGAGGUGGGCGCUCCCCCUUCUGCUGUGCCUCAAGGUGCAGUACUACGUGGAGAACGGGCGGCUCAUCUGUGACCGGAAGGCGCGGCGUCUGUACUACGCCGACCUGCGAGAGCGAGUGCUACGUUCAGAGUGUCGCCAGCAGGAGGCGCUGUAUUUCCAGCUGGCAGGGUACGCCCUGCAGGCUGACCUGGGAGACCACCCCCAACAGGGACAAGCAGAGGAAGGAGGGGGGCAGUACUUCCAACCCAAAGACUACUUCCCACCCUGGAUCGUGGCGAAGCGCGGGUGCGAGUACCUCCUCCGUCAUGGGCCGAAGGUGCACCGGGAGCUGUGGGGCAUGCCGGCCCGCGACGCCAUUCUCCUCUUCAUUCGGGAGUCCUGCCGCCUCGAAGACGUGCCUGUCACCUUCUACCGGCUGCAGAAGGACAAGAAGGAGGAGAGGGGCUCUGCACUUUUAGGGCUGACUCUGAGAGGAAUGCAGGUUUAUCAGGAGGUGAACAAUGUACGUCAGCUGCUGUAUGACUUCCCCUGGUCCAACGUGGGACGCCUGACUUUCCUGGGGAAGAAGUUUGAGAUCCAGCCAGACGGCCUGCCCUCAGCCAGGAAGCUGGUGUACUACACGGGGUCGCCGUUCCGCUCCAGACACCUGCUACAGCACCUGAGCAACAGCCACCGCCUCUACCUGAAUGUCCAGCCUGUGCUGAAACACCUGCGGCAGUUGGAGGAGAGCGAGGAAAAGAAGCGGUACCGGGAAUCCUACAUUAGUGACGACCUGGACCUGGACCCCCCCGUCAGCGAGGGCAGCCCCGGCCUGUCCCGGCGGUCCACCAGCAGCUCCGGGAUCGAGGCGGACACCCAGCAGCGCAGUAUGUCCAUGGAGAUGCCCUCAGCCGAGGAGGAGGCCAUGCAGCGGACGCCCAAGUCCUUCAGCUCUGUGGCCAGCCAUGGCAGCUCCCACACCUCUGGCAUUGACACUGGCAGCAAGGCACGAACCGAGGAAGAGGAGUGGCAGGAGGAAGAGAUUCAGCUCAGUGUGGAUGAGCCGGAAGAGGUUUCUGUGGAUGACCCAGACAUGUUGCGAUUGACUGAGCUCCUGGAGGGCGUGUCAGUGGACUGCCCUACCCUCACCUCUGAGACCCACUGGGGAGAUGUUACAGUACAUCCUGUGGACCCGCAUGACAGUCAAGUGAAAAUGCGCAGCACAGACUCACUGGAGCAGGUGAUGAAAUGGAGGGCUCGUGGCUCAGUGGACAGGCACAGCCAGAGCCUGGACGAUGUGCGCCUGUUUCAGCCUCCCACACCAUUAGGCACCUCUCUCCUGACUGACACCUCCCACAGCUACACCUUUGGCCUUCCAGACCCACAGCCAGGCCCCCAAGGAACCUCAGGCCCCAGCUAUUAUCCCCUCCACUGUCCUGCCAAGUCCUCCUUCUACGGCCGCAGGUCAAUGAACUGCCUAUCCCUGGACCUUCUGGGGGACGAGCAGCUGUUGGAGUUUAUCCUGUGAACACAGGGUGCAGCUACAGUAGACCUGUAGCCUGGACAAAUGCUCUGCCAGCAUUGUGCACAGUGGAAGAAGGACCAGUUACAAGACUGCAUUUGUAUAUUUCUAUGAAUGAAGUGUGUGUGUGUGUGUGUGUACUCUUUAUGUUCACCCAUACCCCCCACUGUGCUGCUGGUGCUUUGCAGGGGCAGGAGGUUUUCACUUGCAUUCUGAGGCGAACUGUGCUGUGAAAGUGUGACAGUUGCCUAGAGACAGUGCCCUAAAGUGUAAACACAAGCUGUGCUCAGUUGCCAUUACCAUUCUGGUGGAGAAGAAGAGGAGCAGGAAGACAGUUUGGACGGGGAAGAAGAGAUGGAGAGUUCAGAGAAAUCUGGAUAUCUGCUUACCUGCUACUGUCCACUAAUUACACUCCCCUUGAUGCCUCCAAAAACACAUACUGGCUAGUCUUGAUGAUUUUUCAUUUUAUCAUGUGAAAGGGUUUAUUUAUAACUGGCCUGUCAAAUCACAAACAGCAUUGCACCAUUUCAUGAACACAUACAGUAUAUGCACAUAGGAUUGAACACAGGUUAUCUGUAGAUUUGUAAAUGCAUGUAUGCACAUGAAAUCCUACACUGCGAGAUCUUGUGAUGAUUUACAAAUUGUGUGUAACAGGUUUUAUGCUCUUAGUUCUGCAGUAUUGAUAAAUGUGUAUACACAGAAAUAUGUGAUAUCUGCAGUAAAUUUGUAAAUCAGUCUAGAUCACUAUAUACAAAGUGAUCUACAUGGAAUGUUCCAGUUGAUUUGGAAGUGGUGCAUUUGUUGUCAUGGUGCUCCUGCAGAUGCUUAGAGCCAAGCGCAGUGGCCAUGAGAAACCUUUCACUUGACGGCCUCUUUGUGAUGCCAGUUAUUCUUCACUGAAAUGAAGCAUAAACAAAGUGUCUUCAUGCAGGUGGCUGUGCAUGUACUCCUUGUAUAGGGGUUGUAUAGUUUUUUUUGGGAGGGGGAGGCAGCAUUUAACAACUGGUUGAAACUUUAAAAAUGUGCUUUCAUAUUGGCGCUUUCCCCCUUUGUAAGAUAUACAGUAAAUGUGUAGCUCAGAAACAUGCCUUCCCAGGUAGAGUUUAUGUUAUCACUGCACAAGGAUUUUAAAUGGCCCUGAUGGUGUGCAUUUUGAGCAAAAGGCUGCCCCUCUGGGUGCCAUCGGGCAUCAUGCAGUGCUCUUCUCCGGUACAAAUCCCUGUCUUCCACUCCAUAACCAUAUCAUCUGUAUGUUAUUUAUUUGUAUGUAACCAUGAACAUUUUAACUGUUGCGAAGAAUAGGACAUUUACCGGCGCUGUCGGUUACCACUGCCAGUAUUAAUUGUGUUAACACAGCAACUUUUAUUGCAUUCAGUGUAUUUUUAACCUCU